AUGGGGAUGGCGACACUGCGGCGCCGUGCGGUGUAUGCCCUGGCGGUGCUUGCGCUGCUGUGCGGCUGCUGCUUCUCCGUGUGCGGGGCGACGUUAUCGGGAUCUGAUGCAGUGGAUGUCUUGUGUCAGAACAAUAAAGGAAAAUUAAGUUGGCGUGUUUCUGGCAAGAGUAAUUGGAAGGAGUGUUCGCAGACGGUGAAUUAUUAUGCGCUUCGCAAGGUUGAGACGGCCAGUGCAGACAGCAGUGAAAGCGAAUCCAUCUGCACACAUGCAGAAUCAUGGUGUUUCUCCAUCAUCUUGGGGAAGAAUUAUCCUUCACCCCCACAAUUGAAGAUCACUAAUCAUGCUGCGUUCACGAUGAACUGUACGACGGAUGGUAACAGUAAACCUUCCGAGCUGUCGAACUGCGAAGCCGUUAUCCUCGACAGAACUAAGGAAUAUCCAGUUAGCACUUCAGGCAGGUGUGAGUUAUUACACAUACAACCCGCAGAUGGAGUGACACCUGGACAACAAACUCCGGGGGUCCAACAACCACAAUCACAAGCGGCAAUAACGUCAUCUUCGGAGGGAACUCAGCAGGGCAGAAGUUCGGCAGGCAGCAGUGCAGGUACUGGAGUCCCUGCUCCUAAUGCUGCUGAGCAGUCAGGCAGUACGGGAUCCACAGGGAGUCAGGGAACAUUAACAUCACCGACUGGCGCUGCGGAUUCAUCAAAAGCCACAGGAGACGGUGCGGCGCAAGCACCCUCAGCCUCCGCACAGCCAUCCGGCACCUCCACUCCUGACACUCCCGCUGGCAGCGAUGGUGGAAGCGCCACUACAACCACGACCAGCAGCAGCCCCAGUGGUGGGAAACACACAAAAGGCAACGCGGACGGCAGCGACACGCUCACUGUGUGGGUGCGUGCCACGCUGCUGCUGCUGCUGACGGCUGCUCUUGCCUAUACUGCUGGGGAGUGA